CCCCCGCGGGAGCUGGAGGGAGUCGGGAAGACCGGGUCAAGGUCAUCCUCAACUACGCGUGGAGUUUGAGGCCAGUCUAGGAUACUAAGAUGGCUUUAUUUUAAAGGGGGUUGGGGGAGACCAGUUGUUUUGGGGCUGGAUACUGGCGUGUGUAUUAGUGAAGCCGACAAUUCAGUUUAUUUAUGUCUACAAAGAGCAGCUGGGUGAGGCAGUAACAGGGCUGCCGGCCUGAAGUUCGAGUUGCCACUUUGCGUUCAGUGAUAGUUUUUUUUUCUCUCCUCUACACUGAGAGAACUCGGGGCACUGUACUGACGCAGGCAGAGGGGAGCAUUCCACGUUUCUUCCCCGGGAACUCAACGUUCCUUUAGGGCACUUAUCUCUGGCAUGUCGGUGCCCCUCCCCAGGGCGAAGCCGAAAGCCACCUACAAAGCCAGACGAAAGCGGGAGUUCCCGUCUCCACCCUCACCGCAGGAAUUUUCAAAUUCGUCUUCCGACAACUGGACGGCCAGGGAGUCGUAAAACCAAUGUGUGGCGCGUAAUCAUCCUCUGAACUUCCUGGAAAAAAAAAAGAGCGACUUUUAAAACAAGCGGGAAACGGGGGACAAGGGGCUGACACUAUAUCCAAGGCCGUCUCCGUACCCCUUUAGCGAGCCUGAAGGCUUACAACAGAUCGCCUUUACGCGAACCCUCGUUUAAAGCCCUCCCCUCUGCUAAUCCCGCGGGGUGGGUGCGGUUACCAGUCUCCUGACUGGUGACCCCGAAAGUUGCGGGGCUCGGUAGUCCUCCCUCCCCAGGCUACUCGGUCCUAGCUGGAUUCUCCGCACCCCCAUAGCAGGGACGUAAAGACAGUGCAGGCGACGCAGCCCAGAGGUCGGCAGCAUCUCGCCAAGCCGUGGCACCAACCUCGGCGACAACUCCCCGCUCCUCCCCGAUCCGGGUGCUCGCCCAUAGCCGUGCCUCCCGCCACCCCAAACGGUUCCGGGCCCCCGAGCGCCCGCGCGCCCCCGGGGUCGGCGCAGACUCCGUGGCAGAGGUCUUUGUGCGGAAGAGCGGACGGCGCAACUCCCGCGCCCGGUGCACGCUCCAGCCAAUGAGCCAAUGGGAAGCGCGGGCCCGCCCCCUCCGCGGGCCUUUUAAAAGGUGCGGAGGCUGGCGGGCCGCCUGUGCUCCGGGUUCUAGUCGUUCCGCCACCUUCUCCGUCGCCUCGGCCGCCGCCCUCGCUCGCCAUGCUCUCCGCCCGCGUCCCGCUCGCCACCAUCACCGACCAGCAGCAGCUGAAGGUGUCACCGCUGAAGCGACUCCACCUGUCCGAGAAGGAGAACACGCCCCCGAGUCUCAGCGGGACCCGCAUCCUGGCGAGCAAGGCUGCGAGGAGAAUCUUGCUGGACCCGGCCGAAUCGGAAAGUAAAGAAUCUACUAAGCCCAGCGUUGAGGAUGAGCCCUUACUGAGAGAAAAUCCCCGCCGCUUCGUGGUCUUUCCCAUCGAAUACCAUGAUAUCUGGCAGAUGUACAAGAAAGCCGAGGCCUCCUUCUGGACGGCUGAGGAGGUCGACCUCUCCAAGGAUAUUCAACACUGGGAAGCGCUGAAACCCGACGAGAGACAUUUUAUAUCUCACGUCCUGGCUUUCUUUGCGGCGAGUGAUGGCAUUGUCAAUGAAAACCUGGUGGAGCGCUUUAGCCAAGAAGUUCAGGUUACAGAGGCCCGCUGUUUCUAUGGCUUCCAAAUUGCCAUGGAAAACAUACAUUCUGAAAUGUACAGUCUCCUCAUCGACACUUACAUUAAAGAUUCCAAAGAGAGGGAAUAUCUCUUCAAUGCUAUUGAGACAAUGCCUUGUGUGAAAAAGAAGGCCGACUGGGCCCUGCGUUGGAUUGGGGACAAAGAAGCUACCUACGGAGAACGAGUUGUGGCCUUUGCUGCUGUGGAAGGGAUCUUCUUCUCUGGCUCUUUUGCGUCAAUAUUCUGGCUCAAGAAACGGAGACUGAUGCCUGGCCUUACAUUUUCCAAUGAGCUUAUUAGCAGAGAUGAGGGUUUACACUGUGACUUUGCCUGCCUGAUGUUCAGGCACCUGGUACACAAGCCAUCGGAGCAAAGAGUACAAGAAAUCAUUAUCAAUGCAGUGAGGAUAGAGCAGGAGUUUCUCACGGAGGCCCUGCCUGUGAAGCUCAUCGGGAUGAACUGCACCCUGAUGAAGCAAUACAUUGAAUUCGUGGCGGACAGGCUUAUGCUGGAGCUAGGGUUCAGCAAGAUUUUCAAAGUAGAAAAUCCGUUUGACUUCAUGGAAAAUAUUUCACUAGAAGGAAAGACAAACUUCUUUGAGAAGCGAGUGGGCGAGUAUCAGAGGAUGGGGGUGAUGUCAAAUUCAGCAGAGAAUUCUUUCACCUUGGAUGCUGACUUCUGAGUAAACUGCCUGCUCUUUGCUGAUUAUUGUUCUCCCCUUGUCAUAAAAAAAGUCAGCAAAAGCAAUCAAUGGGCUACACCAUGAAUUUGUUAACCGGUAUCUAAGAACUGGGUAGCUACCUCAGUUGGUCCCUUUUUGCUAGUUGUGUUACUAGAGGAAGGAUGUUAAAGGUACUCGGAUUCUUAGGGGAGAUUCUGCCCUUGGCUUCUGGGAGUAGUGUGUGAUAGCCUUUGGCCCCAAGCACCAACAGACCCAGGCUCUAUGAGAGGCGACCCUCCAGCAAGCAGGAUUCAGCAUGUUGCCAUAAGACUGUUUAAAAGAUGUGAGCCUCAUUCACUGCUUCCCGUGGACUCUAGCGUUUACUUGAGUUUGUAAAUAAAACUAGCACUUUGCACACAAACAUAGUACUGUCAAGGGGAAAAGCCUGCUUUAUUAUUUGGUUUCUACACCAAGCACUAAGUAGUGUUUUGUAAGAAGAGCGUUGCCAAGCUUAGUUCUUCAGUGAAUAAUUGAGAUGCUUCAUCAUUGUUGAAGUCAGUCCUGUGCAAUCUAGGCAUUAGCCUGCUGGUGCUAAUCGUGUACAGGGUGUGUGUGUGAGACCCCAUACAUCAGAGCAUCUCUGCUUCACACAACCUCCAACUUUAGUCACGAGAGACUUUGGCAUGAUUUGGAACACUUGCUGGCUGGCCCAGGCCCAGUCGUCAUUUUUGUGAAAA